AAACUUGCUCGACCUUUAACGCCGUGAUAAACAGUAUAUAAACGCUUGGAAUUCCUCAUUUUUUUGUUUUCUCUUCUGUGUAUAAUAAUAUUCCCGUCUUUCAGGUUCAAGCGAUCGUAGUUAUCGCCACGUAAGUCUCCUAUAUAGCUACAUACGUAUAGGGCCUUGCAGUUUCCUCACUCAAGAAUCAAAAGCCGGCGUUUGAGACGAGUUUUUUGAGCGUAUCGAAUCGCUUUAUAGCAUUGAAUCGAAGCUGAUUAGGUGAACUCAAUCUAAAGGAGAGAUGAUCCCUUAUGAGCAAGAGUCAGAUGUUGUCCAGUGGGGUCUUCGCCUCCUUGACGGUGAUCCUCCAUAUUAUUCUGGAUAUUAUGGUGAUGCAAUACAGCACGAAACCGAGGACAACUAUCAUGGGCAAUAUGCCAGAGGUCAUUAUGAUCUUACAGACUGUAGCCAAGUAGAGAAUGAUGAGAUGAUUGCUCGUGCCCUUCAGGAAGAAAUUUCACAGCUAGAAAUCACAGAAUCCUCUGGAUACUCUGCUGCAGAAGAGCAAUCUGAAGCAUCAAAUCAUAUGCAUGAUUGGCAUAGUCCAUUGGCCAGGAAUGACUGGUCUGGUACUCAGGACCAUGAGUGUGGCCUAGAAGAAAAUGAUGAUAUGCCUUCUAGUUCAUGUUCUAGUCCCGUUGAUGGAGAAGAGUGUUCCUCUAAUUGGGACUCUGAUGAAUUUCAACUUGAUGAUGAAGUAGGCAAGAGACUGAAUCAAAUGAAUUCCAUACCACAUGUUCCUAGAAUUAAUGGUGAGAUUCCUUCAAUUGAUGAAGCAACUUCAGAUCAUGAGAGGCUUCUGACCAGACUGCAGUGUUACGGAUUUGUGGAGCUUAAGGUUCAGGGAGAUGGUAACUGUCAGUUUCGAGCUUUGUCAGAUCAGCUAUAUGACACCCUUGAGCGUCACAAAUUUGUGAGACGGCAAGUUGUAAAUCAGCUGAAGUCCCAUCCGGAGAUAUAUGAGGGAUACGUUCCUAUGGAGUAUAAUGAUUAUCUAAAGAAGAUGUCCAAGAGUGGUGAGUGGGGCGAUCAUGUUACAUUGCAGGCAGCAGCAGAUGCGUAUGGUGUGAAGAUAUUUGUUAUGACCUCUUUCAAGGACACAUGUUACAUAGAGAUUCUUCCUAACAAGAAAUCAAAAAGAAUCAUUUUCUUGAGUUUUUGGGCAGAGGUCCAUUACAACUCGAUCUUUCCAGGAGAUUUGGAUACAUCUUCUUCUGAGUCUAGAAGGAGAAAAAAGUGGUGGAUUUUUGGAAAUAAGCAUUAGGAACUCCAGACUGUUUGACCAUUGAUUGAUUAUUGGAGACGCACAUUCCUCUGCCUCACAGUCAAUAACAGCUAAAUGGUGACUCCUUAAUGCAAUGUUCAUUGUAUAUGACAUUGCUUCCAGUUUCAUAUUCAUGAUCAUUUGUCUAAUUGGCCACUCAUCCAAAUAAUGUCAUAUUGUUCUCUAGGAAUGUGGUUGCAUAAUAUUACUUUUCUCAAUUUUUGCACCUGUACAUCAACGGCUGCAUGCCAAAGAAAAUAGUUGAUAAUAGCAGCAUCAAAUUUCCUCAUCUCUGAUUUGAAAUUGAGUUAUCAUGUCUUGUUCAGAAUGAUCCGUGUAUGUGUAUCGAUGAAUUUUGAUGAAGCACGACUUCAAAGCAUGUGACUGUGAUAAGUUCUUAUCCCAGUUGAGAUUAUAGAAUAAACUGCAUUUUCUCUGUACCA